AUGAGGUGGCUCAACGUUUUCUUUGCUGCUGGCAUCCUUGUUUCAGGAGUCUACUGUGCCGACGACACAAUUGCCUGGUGUUAUCACCUCCCAACUUGCAAUUACACUACAUGGCCGACUAUCGCUGCAAAUUUUUGCAAUAGGAGCAGACAGUCACCAAUCGACAUUGAUACGAACACAGCCGAAGUGAAUGAAAGCCUGAAUGCUUUCACCUUCACAAACUACGACAGUGAUAACAUACUGGACAUUAUAAUCAACACCGGCAAGACGGUCAAAGUAAACUUCAAAACUGGGGCGCGGGUUUCCGGGGGAGGUCUCUCGGAGCCCUACGACGGCCUACAGUUCCAUUUGCACUGGGGAAAUGGCAGAAGCAGUCCUGGGGCUGAGCACACAGUGAAUGGUGUACGCCACCCUAUGGAGCUCCACAUUGUUAACGUCAAGUCCAGCUUGAAUUUGAACACCACUGCAGCGGUGAAUGACCCCACAGGACUUGCUGCUCUUGGCUUCUUCAUUGUGGAAAGAGAGAACACCAGCAGUGAACCCGAGGGCUGGCGCAAACUCACCUCCUACCUAAAGGACAUCACAGAGCAAGGUCAAAAUACCACCAUAACAGAAUCCAUCUCACUCAAUGACUUGCUGGUUGGUGUGGAUCGCUCCCAAUAUUAUCGCUAUCUUGGCUCACUGACCACACCCAACUGCAACGAAGCUGUGGUCUGGACUGUGUUUAAGGAUCCAAUUGAAGUCAGUGCAGACUUGAUUGAUAUGUUUGGCACAACUGUGCGUAUCGGUAAUGAAACAUCUCCAUUAAUGAGGGAUGUAUACAGGGGCAUCCAACCACGUCUGGCGGUAACCCAAACUCAGACUCGGAAUGAAACGGACUCCAGUCCAACCAACUUCAGCGGCAUUACCAUGUGCAUCUCCCUGGCGCUAAUUGCGCUGACCUUCAUACUGGGAAACAGAUACUAA